GGUGAGCGGGUGGAGCUGACGUCACAAGCUUCCAAGAUGGCGCGGAGCGGGCGGCUGUGAGCGGCGCUCUGGGCGCGCUGGGCGGGGAGCCGAGCCGGGCCGGCGGCGGGCGGACAGGGCGGGCGCGUGCGGCGCAGGCCGGGCGCCGACGAGUAGGGGCCGCUGGCAGGCACAUGAGGUAACCAGGCUUUGAUGCACCCUCAGGAGGUCUGCGUACUCAAGGAGGUCACCCCCGCCGGCUGCUGCUCACAUGGUGUCUGGGCCCCUGGCACUCCGGUGGUGCCCGUGGGCAGGGCGCAGGGACAUGGGGCCAGACAUGGAGCUGCCCAGCCAUUCAAAACAGCUCCUGCUGCAGCUGAACCAGCAGAGGACCAAGGGCUUCCUGUGUGAUGUCAUCAUCAUGGUGGAGAAUUCUAUCUUCCGGGCCCACAAGAAUGUCCUGGCUGCUAGUAGCAUCUACUUCAAGUCCCUGGUCCUGCAUGAUAACCUCAUCAACCUAGAUACAGACAUGGUUAGUUCCACCGUGUUCCAGCAGAUACUGGACUUCAUCUACACGGGCAAGCUGCUGCCCAGUGACCAGCCAUCUGAGCCCAACUUCAGCACUCUCCUCACUGCUGCCAGCUACCUCCAGCUGCCUGAGUUGGCAGCCCUCUGCCGCCGCAAACUGAAGCGAGCUGGCAAGCCCUUUGGCCCUGGCCGAGUGGGUGCUGCUGGUAUGGGGCGACCAACCCGUAGUCAGCGGCUGUCCACAGCCUCUGUCAUCCAGGCUCGGUAUCCAGGGCUUGUAGAUGGGCGCAAAGGACACCCUGUUCCCCAAGAGGUCCCUCAGGCCAAAGGAUCAGAUGAUGAGCUUUUUCUGGGCAGCUCUACCCAGGAGAGCACACAUGGCCUGGGCCUGGGGGGCUGCCCAGCUGGUGGGGAGGUGGGCCUGGGGGCCUGCAGCAACAGCAGCAGUGGGAGCAGUGGGGGCUGUGAGCAGGAACUGGGUCUGGACCUGUCCAAGAAGAGCCCUCCCUUACCUCCUACAACCCCUGGCCCCCACCUCACUCCUGAGGACCCUGCCCAGCUGAGUGACAGCCAGCAUGACUCACCUGCACCCACUUCAGCUUCCACGCUGCCUGUUGGCAAUAGUGCCUCAUUUGUGGAGCUAGGGCCCCCUCCUGAAGAGCCCAUGGAUCUGGAAGGGGCUGAAGAAAACCACGUGAGUCUGCUGGAAGGACAGGGCGGGCAACCUCGCAAGAGCCUACGGCAUUCAGCCCGCAAAAAAGAUUGGAACAAAAAGGAGUCUGUGUCUGGGUCCCCAUUUGACCGGAGAGAAACGGGGAUUAAGGGUCCCAACCCAGGGGAAGAAGGUGAGGGGCUUGGGGACAGGGUUCCCAAUGGCAUUCUGGCCAGCAGUGUUGGUGGAAGUGGCCCCAGUGGGUCGUAUGGGGAGCCGCCAUACCCCUGCAAGGAAGAAGAGGAGAAUGGCAAAGAUGGGAGCGAGGACAGUGGGCAGAGUGGGAGUGAGGGGGGCAGUGGCCACACUGGCGCCCACUAUGUGUACCGGCAGGAAGGUUAUGAGACAGUGUCAUAUGGAGACAACCUCUAUGUGUGCAUCCCUUGCGCCAAGGGCUUCCCUAGCUCUGAGCAGCUCAAUGCUCAUGUGGAGACACACACAGAGGAGGAGUUGUUCAUCAAGGAAGAAGGAGCUUAUGAGACCGGCAGUGGGGGGGCAGAGGAGGAGGCUGAGGACCUGUCAACACCUAGUGCAGCCUAUGCAGCUGAGCCCCGUCCUUUCAAGUGCUCAGUCUGUGAGAAGACCUACAAGGACCCGGCCACACUGCGGCAACACGAGAAGACACACUGGUUGACGCGGCCCUUCCCCUGCAACAUCUGUGGCAAGAUGUUCACACAGCGAGGCACUAUGACACGCCACAUGCGGAGCCACUUGGGCCUGAAGCCCUUUGCCUGCGAUGAGUGUGGCAUGCGCUUUACCCGCCAGUACCGCCUCACAGAGCACAUGCGUGUGCACUCAGGUGAGAAACCCUAUGAGUGCCAGCUCUGUGGGGGCAAGUUCACCCAGCAGCGCAACCUCAUCAGCCACCUGCGCAUGCACACCUCCCCUUCCUAGAAGCCAAAGACCCGAGGGAGCCCUCUGCAGACUUGCCACUUGGGAACCCACGGAAGGUGGAGUAAGGAAGCAUGGUGGGAGGGGUUGAGCCCCAAAGUCUGGCACGAGGCUCCCGGCAGCUUCUCUGGCCCAGCCUCCCCACACCCAGAGCUUUAAUCAACAGUGUACCAAGGGAAGCUGAGAGGAGAGAAGCUGCCCGGGCCAGCCCUGUGCGAGUGGUGCUGGUGACUAUUCUACCUCCCUGCCCACUUGGCUCCCCAACUCCCUGAAGGGGCUGCUGAAGAGCAGGUGGGAGCCCAUCAUGUGGUGUCAGUGGGACCUGGUCCCUUACCUGCAGUCUGGGCUGGGGGAGGCACAGGGCUUCCCAUGGUCAAGUGGUGCCUGGAGCAGGCCCUCAGCUGGCAGGGACCUCAACUGUGUGUGUGCAUGUGUGCUUGUAUCUUUGCAGUGCAGUGUGACUCUGGUGUCGGGAAGCUGGUGUCGGGUGGCAGUUCCUUUCUCUUUGAACUGGGGUGGCAACUGCUAGCUGGCACUGGACAGUCAGGGUGACCCCACUGCCUACCUCUCUACAACUAAAGAGCCCUUUGGGCCUGUAAUGCUGUUAUUCCUACUGAGCUGUUCCUAUUUCUUUUUUACAGUUUUUAAAAAUUCUUUUUUAAAACCAAAAUGAACAAUAUUUUCCUCCUGCCUCUUUGGGGAUGAGCCUGGCUCUGCAGACUGAAUGUAACUGGGGCAGCUGCCCCCGCCCUGUCAUUUUCCCUCGUCCCGGUGCUGUGGAAAUGGUUGAACCUGUCUUUCCAAGGCCCCAGAAGCCAUUCUUGUGCAAAGGCUUCCCCAGUCCUGAGCCCUGCUUGCCUGGGCUUCCUCAGGAGAACAGGCUUUUCCCAUAAUUUCCAAGGAAUAUCACUUGAUAGAGGUACUUAUUUUAUUGAGAACCCUCCACUCUCAUAUGUUUUUUGGGGUGUUUGAACUGGAAGAUCUGAAGUUUCAGAGGGUGGAGGGGAGGCCAGACUUGGUGCCAGGGCCAUCGGUACUCUUGUUGGUAUGUGCGUGCGAGUGCAUGGCUGUGUGUGUGUUGCUUAUGCACAGACAUUUUGCUUCCUUGCUCACUGAACAAGGUGGAGAGCCUUGUGACCUUUUGCUACCUCUUGAAUUCAAUACCACAGUACUGUCAAGGCUGAGCCACUUGGUUUUGUUUUCCUACAGUGGGAGUAAACUGGGCUUGGGCUGGCCUGAGCCCCUUAUGGGCCUCAGUGUUCUCUGAAGGGGUGAUUGCUGUUCAGGGGAUGCCGUGAGGGGGGCAGGUGCUGGGCACCUGAAUAACAGAAGCCAUGAGAAGGGGCAGCUCCCUGUGUGGGCCUGAGUGAGGUGGAAGUGAGCCGGCCCCAUCCUGUCUCCUCCUGAGCUCUGUGUAUCUAAGAAACUACUGCAGAGUCAGAGGUGAGGGGCAGCCUCCACUUAGCAAGUACAGGGUCAAACUAACCCUUACAUGGGUAAGUCAGUCAGCCUCAGGUGCUUGCAUGGGGUCCAGCAAGGGGCAAGGCCAGACCAAGGCUGUCUGUGCUCUGCCACAAAUGAGCCACAGAUCUGGGCUGGUAGGCUUUAUCAUGUUGCUUGAUACAUACAAUGAAAAUGGCUUUUCAUUUUCCUUUCGAUUUUUUUUUUUUUU